AUGUCCGAAAACACUUCUUCAUCGCGGGCAUUGCGGCAUGACACUUCCAAUGCAUCGGUAUCGCAUGCAAAGCCUUCCAAGCAAAGUUUACCUGUGUCCAUACACCCAGACGAUGCAAAGGAUAAGGUGUUCACGGCUAUCCUGAAAGCCCUAUUAAAAAUGGGCAAUAAACCGAGCUCGCCUAAAGAACUGGCCAAUAUCAUUGUCAAGCACAAAUAUGCAACCUUGGGUGGUGCGACGCCGUUCGCUACCGUGUCAUCGCGCAUAUCUCAGCAUUUCAAAAGAGCCGCUGAACAUAAACCUCCUCGACCGCCGCUGCUGGCCAAGCAUGUGGAUCAAAAUCACUCACGCAAAAUUAAUUAUUCUUUGGCUACCGAGAGCGUUCCAGCGAACGAAUCGUCAUCCUCUAAUCAUUCCCACAAAACUGCAUCCCCUUCAUCUCCUUCAGAACUUGACCAUUUAUCUUUACUCUCGGAUGCAUCUUCUCUGUCGUCGGAAGAUGAGUCCAAACACCCACUUCCAUCAUCGUCUACUGCAUCUCAUUCCAAACGUCGCGAACCCACAAAAUCCCACAUGCAUACACGCUCCUCCAAACGGAAAAAGAAAAACCAGCGUUGGCUGUCCCCCCUUCAACCUGUCCCCACGGACGCUGACGAUGAAUCCGAUCAAGAUACGCCGCUGGCAAAACGCCCCCGCAUGGAGAAUGAGCAAACACCUUCUUCUGUGUCUCCCGUUGCGCCAUCCCCGGAGCCUUCCGAAUCGGCGGUGGAUCAUACGUUUCAGCCUACGACUUCCUCGGUGCAAGAACCGCCCUCGGAUGAUGAAAGUGAAGCCGACUAUUCCGAUUACUACGAGGAGAUGCUCAAGGGAGACGAAACGAUGGCUCACAUUGAAGUGAAUCGUGAUCGGCGCCGAUCGAUUCGACGGGCCAGCCUUUUACCGCAAGACCGAGCUGCCGCUGCUGCGGCAGCGGCCGGACCUUCCAUGUCAUCCCCCCGUUUGAUGGGCCGAAAGCUAUCCCUGGGCAACGCUUUGACCGAUCAUGAUAUCUGGACGCCGUAUACCUUUGAUCAAGAAUUUGACAACGUCUUCAUGUCGGAUGCAACUACCCCCAAUCAAACGUCUUUCAAUAUCGCCAGUCCAGAAUCCGUGUCCGUUUCGGAGCUAGAUGACUAUUUCGCCAGUGAUCCUUCGGGUCGUGCCGCCCGGAAAAAGAGCAUGUCUGUCAAUCUCGGCUCCAAAGAACACUCUUUACUGCAAAAGACGUUGCUUGCAAGCAGUCAUCGCGGAAACAAAACCCUUGAACCGAUUCCCAGCAACCCUCACGCGAUUCGACGUGUGUCUCGCACCGACCUGAUGGUCCCCCCCAGCUCUUCCCAGCCUGCGGCGGAAACCAAGCCGAAAUUAAACGAUCUACCUCCUUCCUCCUCCGAGACUGAAAAAGAACAGCAAGAAAGCACCUCGUCAUCGCAGGAAAAGGCAGAAAAAGAAAAUGAAGAAGAGGAACAAGAAGAAGAAGAAGAAGAAGAGUCGAAUAUGACCCGGAUGUCUUACUCCAAAGGCGGUCAUCACUUUACCAUCACACGAAAAGUGAUUGGCAAUCUCGAAUGCUACGAGCUGGAUUCGCCAGAAGAUAUCCCAGAUACAAAAAUUUUGCGUUUCAUUGCAUCCAAGGAUGGCGCCACCGAACAUAUAGCGCUUCGCACACGUCACGCCGAUGGAAAAGGACGCCGCAACAGCCAAUACUUUUAUCUCGCUGAGGGAUACGUCAACGCAACGCAACUUCGCAAAGCCGCGCAACCGGUGCUAGGCAAAGGUUCUUUUGAUGCAGUAGCGGAAUCACAAAGUGAUCGACAUGUUGUCACGCUUAGUAAAGGCCCUAUGGAUUGUCGAGGGGCUUGGGUGCCACUGAGUCGAGCGCGUGAGUUGGUGGAUGAAUUUGAGAUUGAAAGUUCGCCCGGUCUGAGUAAGCUGCUCAGUGAUGAUCCGAUGACUGAGGAAGAUCGCGAAUCUCUAGGUACCGUCGAUGAAGAAGAUGAAGUGACAUCGAUCACAGAGCCAUCAGGAUCGACGAAGUUGCCAGAUGUUUCCACCAAAGCGGAAGAAGUCAUGGUAAAAGCGGUCGAGUCCUUAAUACGGCGACAGUCGAUCCAGGAAACGUCCUUGACUCACACAGAUACCAUGGCCGAAGAUGGAGAUGAUUUGUUUGUUAAAUUUGAAGACGAUGAUGAACCAAAGCCUGCGGAAUCGGCGGUCGAUGACCCUCCUGCAUCGGUCAAGCCAGCGGAGGAAUCUUCAGCCGCCACGCCCACGGCAUCUCAACCCCCGUUGACAGCAGCCGAUCUGUUAAAGACCAUGAAUUUCCAAAAUCUCAACUUGGCCGCGCUUCAUCAAAUGUCAACCACGAUUCCCAGUCUUGCGCAUCUGCAACCUACGUUUGAUUUGAUCCGAUCACUGGCUACUUACAUGCAGGUCAUGGCCAAAGGCAAUGCGGCGCUCGUUCCCAAUGUUGCCUCUCCGUCAUCCACUGUGCCUGGGACGACGUCCUCGUCACCAUCUUCAACCAACAUCAUGCCUGCUUCAUCAGGUGCUGCAUCAUCUACACAGCCACCACCGCCACCACCGCCGAUUGAUUUCAAAGCAUUAUUAGCCCGAUUUCCAGCUUUGCAAGCCUUGCUGAAACGCGAGAUUCCGACCCCACCUGCCACCGCACCCGUUACUACUCCCAUGCCUACCCCCUUACCUGCCGAUAAAUCUCCCAACGAUCAGACUGUCAUGAUUCAUCCCACGACGACGACUCACCCGCCAAUGUAUAUUACGCUGAUCGACCAUGUCGCCGUGUGCGUGGCAGUGCUCACCAAGAAGGAGACGCAAACCGAAUAUCGGAUCAUGCGUCGCUUGGAUACGGGAUUCAUUAACGGUACUUCAUUACUGACGGCGGGCGGCAUUGAAACGGAAAGCGAGCGUAGCAUGAUUUUAAGUCUUGAAAUGGAACGCGUACGUAUGCCGAACCGAGCCAGUCCUCUCUUCGGUACUUGGAUUCCUCUUCGACGCGCUCAGGAAUUGGCUGUGACGUGCUCGAUCCAGAAUCGAUUGGGACCGUUUUUAAGCGACAAUAUAGAAAGCAUAUUCCCCUCUCCUUUACCCAUCUCGGUGCCAAGGGUACGAAAGAAACCUACGCCUCAGUUGACGCCCUUGGCUCUUUCUGCUCUAAGAAAGAUGUCACCGGGACGCCUGGACGGCGGUUAUUUAAUGUCCCCCGACCGUCGCACCGAAGCACCUUCCCAAACACGCGCGGCCCAGUUGCAGCAACUAUUACUGACGCAUCCCAACAAGACUUUGAAGAUCGGCGAUCACAAGUUGAAAGCGCCUCUGUUGGGCCGAUUCGAUGAAAAUAACAGUAAGCAAAACCGAGAAGUGCUGGUGAUCGACUGCCCGGCCGUGACAGCGUCUACAAGCGGUGUUUCACAGUCCACGCCAACAUCGCCUGUCGCGGCCAAAGAGGAGGCGCACGAAAGCGACGUGGACAUAGUGAACGACGAAGCUUCCGACGAAGAUACUGAUACCGAUACAGAAGUAGAAGAAGUGCGCCUCAGUAUGAAGAAGAUGCGCGAUGCGGCUAUUGAUGCCAUGGAAACGGGUCAUUCCAUGGAUUUGGAGGAAUUAUUAAAUCGAGCGAGCAGUCCUAUCAUGCAUUCGUCGCCUCAACGACGACCUUUGUUACAUAUCCGACCUCCUCGAGAAUCGAUGAAACGAAGGCGGCACUUGUUAGAAGAUGCCGAAGAAAGUAAAUAUCAUCCUACCCAACAGCAGUCGUUUGGUCGCAGGCGUCCAGGAGCUGCUACAGGCACAGGUGGCAAAUGGGCCGGAGGCGGUAAGUGGGCGGCCGGUGGUGGUAAAACAAUGCCUACCAUGAUCAAACGAUCCGCGUCAUGGAACGGAGCGUUAUCAAGUACACGGAAUCCAACCUCAACUGCAAGCACGAAAAAACAAUCCAUAGCCGCCAAACGAUCCAAGCACCGUCAAAAGGAAGCGGAGAAUGAGGAAGUGGCGAACCGGGUGGUGGAACAUAAAUCAACUACUGCUAACGAAUCAAAGAAUGUGGUGGCCCCACCUACCAAACCAGCAUCCGAAAGCCCUUCCAAACCUGACGCGACCACAUUACCGGUGGUGAUUGAAGAAGAUGACGAGGACGAAGAAAUUAGCAUAGGUGGCAGUGACGGUGAUGAUGACUUGCGAUAG